AUGAAGGGAAACGACGCACUUCUGAAGAUGAAGAACUAUCCAGGCGCGUACUUUUGGUAUACGGAGGGUCUGAAGCUUUUGGAGAGUGAAGGAGGUUGUGAGACUGUACGGAAAGACCUGUACCGUAACCGAGCCCAUGUCGACCUUCAACUUCAGAGAUUCGAUGAAGCAAUAUCGGAUGCUUUGAACUCUCUUACUUGUGGUGAGACUAAGGAGCUUAAGUCUCUUGAUGCCAAAGCAUAUAAUCGCGCAGGUAUUGCGGCAUACUCUCAAGGCGAGUUCUUCCAGGCUCGACGCUACUUCGAGCAGCAAGAGAGACUCCUACCAGAAGACCAGCAGCCCAGGUUACAUCUACGAAGAGUCGAUGCAAGAAUGCGAGAAGAGGCUGAGGGUGUCUACAAUAUGAAGAAAAUUGUGAGCAAUCUGCCCAAGACGGGAGGUAGACCCGACACAGCCUCGUAUUACGGUCCAACAGAGAUCAAAACCAGCCCUGGAGCUGGUCGCGGUCUUUUUGCAACCAGAGACAUUGAAACAAACGAGAUCAUCCUGUGUGAGAAAGCAUUUUGUGCAGCCUGGAGUCAUGAGACUGAAACGUUUACGGCGCUGGCGUGUGAUAUUCGAGAAGACGCUGCUAUCAAGGUCUUUCCGGCGGGUUUGCACAAGGCCGUUGUGAGAAGGCUUCUCAACAACCCAUCUCAGGUCGAGAAGGUCCUCAGUCUCCAUGGAGACUACCGUGGACUUGGUGAAAGGUUGCAGGAUGUCGAUGGCUCGCCCGUGAUUGACACGUUUCAGGUACACGAUAUUAUCCAACGCAACGCCUUUGGCAUGGGUCAGCAAACCGGAGAUCAGGAUGUAAGCAAUGCCAGUACUGGCCUUUGGAUACGUGCAUCGUACAUCAACCAUUCGUGUAUCCCCAACACAAAGAAGGAUUUAGUUGGUGAUCUCAUCAUCUUUCGCGCUAUAGGAAGAAUUGCAGGUGGUGAAGAGAUCACCCAUAGCUACGAGGACUCGAGUGACUAUGAGGCAAGAAGGGCAAACAUUCGCAAGACAUGGAACUUUGCAUGUCGCUGUCAGCUUUGCCUUGUGGAGGGAGAAGAGAGUGGGGAUGUCCGGGAACGAAGGCGUCAGGCUGAAGGAAAGGUAAAUAGCUUUGUAGAAGCAAAUAGCCCCUACGGUGCGAGUAGGAUCAUGUUGAGAAAGGCAAGGAUACUGCGUCGGACACUGAACGAGACGUAUGACGAGAAGAGCUAUGAGGUAGUGCCUCGGAGGGCACUUGCGGCGAUAGAUGAGUGGCUUCGAAUAGCGAGUGCCAGCUAG